ACUUCUAAUUCAACAACUUCUGCUGCCGCCUCGCACACAACGUUGACGGCCAAUGAUUUGAGUAAAACUGAAUUAAGGGCCACUUUACCACAGCAGCUACAACUACAGCAGCAAAAUUCGGACGGUACCACUUUUGUAUUCACAUCACCCACCUCAACUUUUAAACGUAAAAAGCAACAACAAUUGCUGCGAGAAGAAGAAGAACAAUUGUUGAAUAAACAGCAGCACGACGAGUUGCUGCUACACAACAAUAAUCUGACAAAAGGUGUCUAUGCGGAAGGGCUAAUAGGCAGUAGCGAGAGUGCAACAAACUUCAAUGAAGAUUACAACAAAGGAAGCCACAGCAAUACAAGCCUUUUAAGACACUGGAACCAGGAACAGCAACAACAACAUCAGCCACCGCCUAUUCGUUAUCAGCGUUACAACAAGCCAAAUGAUACAAAGACGGUGAUAAAUACUAGCACAGGUGUGAUUAUCACAGACAACGCCGGUGUUAACUACGCCUCAUCGUCCACAUCCUCUCUAAUAGCUGGCGGAAACGGAACUAUUGCGGAAAACGUUAACGGUAGUGCAUUGAGUACACGUUCAACACGCCGCAUCCAUACAUUACCCCUGUUGCCGGCCACAAAGGCAGCAACAACCACUGCCGGGCAUUCUAAACUGCAACAACAAUUGCCUACAUCAUUCAUAGCGGAUGGUGUAGUGGAUUUAGUGCAUGACACUAAAUGUGCUGCAGGAAAGACGUCAACAUCGCUUCUAUCGUCAUCAUCUCCACCCACAGCACAUCCCGCCAGUAGUAAAAUCAAUUCGAAAUCUCUCAACUCGACAACGGCAUCGUCUAAACGCAACCGCACCUCGGCCAAUAAUCUACGGCACAAGCAACAGCUUUCGUCUACAAUGCAAGCGAGCAGUAGUGGUGGCAGUGGAACCACAACAACUGCCAAAGGUUUUAGCAAUACUUCGAGUCUAGUCGAUGACAUUGAAAUGAAUUUGGGUUUGAUUGGAUGGCGAAAGAAAUGCCUAUACACCCUGCUGGUGCUGUUAAUGUUGUUAAUAAUUGUCAAUUUGGGUCUAACGCUGUGGAUAUUAAAGGUCAUGGAAUUCUCAACGGAAGGCAUGGGCCAACUUAAAAUUGUUCCUGGAGGCAUACAACUUACUGGACAAGCUUUAAUUAUGGAUAUGUUAAGAGCCUCGUCGAUACGUUCAAGGCAUGGUCAACCAUUAUCUAUAGAAACAUCACGUAAUUUUUCAAUCAAUACACGCGGCGUCGAUGGUCUGCUCGAAAAUCAUUUAUUUCUGGGACACGAUAAGCUCGAAUGCAUGGCGACAUCAUUUCGCAUCAACGAUACAAACGGAAGAAAUUUAUUUUCCGUUAAUCGAGAUGAAGUCACAAUCGGUGCUCACGCUUUGCGUGUGGACGGUGAAGGUGGUGCAAUAUUUCGUGAAUCGAUACAGACACCGCAUGUACGUGCUGAACCUGGACGUGAAUUAAGAUUGGAAUCACCUACGCGACAACUGGAAAUGAAAGCUGCUCAGGAAAUAAAUUUACAAUCACGUGCCGGAGGUAUUGAAAUAUCCGCUUUGGAGGAUAUCAAACUAACUACAAUAGAAGGCAGUUUGCGCUUUGAAUCGUCAAAAAUCUUUAUGCCAAAUCUGCGAACAGUCCCAUCAAUACAGGGACAACCACAAAAAGAUCACACGCAUCGUGUCUUUCAACUUUGUGCCUGUUCCAGUGGUAAACUCUUUUUGGCAAGUUCACAUUCAUCGUGUGCUGGUGAUGACAGCACGGUUUGUAGAUGAUUGAAGGAAGAUACCAUCAAAGGACAAUAAC